AUGCACACACCGUUCACCACGGUACCCACCACCAUCCUCUCUGUCCUCGUCAGCGUACCGCAACGUCACUCCAAUCUCGUCCCGAUAGUUGAACAAAACCUCUCCUGCUUCCUGCAUCCGUGCUAUAGCCUCCUCCAACGGCGCCCGCUCCUCACGGUCAAUGUACGAGAGCUCACACACGUUCAUAUUGAACCUCGUCAACGUCUCCAUCUGAAGGUUCCGCAACAGCAACUCGUCCAAUCCCUUCAGCACAGGCAACGCGUCCCCGCCACCACUGGCACUCGCAACAUGCACACCACAGACACGUUCUUCCCCAUGGUCGCCCAAGUUGCCCUUCUCAAUGUCAACGUCAAUAAGAAUAUCGUGUCCAGAUAUCGAUAUGCGCUCCAACUCCGUGAAGGUCGUCAAAGAGUGUCUCUCCGCUACCCGAAUAAUCCCCUCUCGACAUACCUUUCCCGGCCGUGUCGAGAGCACGUCAAUGAUCUCCGCCAUUGCAGCAGUGUCCAUUCCCAGCGUUGGCUUCAUGGAGGGAGAACUCAUCAACUACUGUCACUGUCAAACGAGAAUCUAACUUCUUGA